UAGGAAAAAAAGUAGUCUAAACGCAGAAAAAAUCAAGAAAGAAUUCAAAGAUUUAUCUGCAAGGUGGCAUCAUCUUGUUGUCGUGUAGUAGUUGCAUGCAACUAUAAAUACAUUCGAUACAAGGAUCAUUCUUCAUUAAUCAUCGUCCUCUCACUCAUUAAAAUGAAGGGUUUUGCGCUGUUUCUUCUUCUUGUUGUUGCUGCAACCGCAGCUUUUGCUGAUCAAUCUCAACCUGCUGGAAAACAAGGUGAUGAGUUGAAAGAGCCCAACCAAGGUGGAGGCGGUUACUGCCGAUACCGGCGCUGCUGCGGCGGUUGGUACGGCGGCAGCUGCAAAGGAUGGUGUUGCAGUAGUCUUGCUGAUGCGGAUCAUGAGGUCAAAGAGCCCAACCAAGGUGGAGGCGGUUACUGCCGCUACCGGAGGUGCUGCGGCGGUUAUUCCGGCGGCAGCUGCAGAAGAUGGUGUUGCAGCUACUCUGGGACUGCUGAUGAAGCAGAGCAAGCUUCCUCUGUCGAUGACACCAGCCUCAAUGCUGUUGCCCAAGGACAUGGUGGCGGCGGCGGAGGACAUGGUGGAGGCGGCGGAGGACAUGGCGGUGGCGGAGGACAUGGUGGUGGUGGCGGAGGACAUGGUAGCGGCGGAGGACAUGGUGGUGGUGGACACUGCAGGCAUGGGUGCUGCGGAGGAUAUGGGGGCGGCGGAUGCAAGUGCUGCGGCAGCGCUGCGGAGGCGAAAGCCUAUAUGGAAAAGCAAGGCAAUCAAGAGAUGAAGAACUGAAGGCCAUGUUUGGAUAUGAUAUAUAUAUAUAUGUGUGUGUGUUGUAAUUGGAAAUAAAUAAUGCAUGGUUGUUAGUUAAAAUAAGUGCGGAAUGAGAUGUGGAAGGUCUUCAUCUACGAGGACCUGUUUGCUAUCUGCAAUCCACUUAUAUAUGUCAAAAUCACUAUUUUCACUUCA